UCUCCAGAAACUUCUUUAGUGCGCCUUUUCACCAUUUAUAUAUAAUUCGUUUUUGCCAUUUUUUAAUUCCAUUAAAAAAGGAAAUCGUUGCAUAAACCAAGCAAAGGUGGGAUUCAAAAUACUCGAUUCUUCAAUCGUUUAAUUCUUCAUUUGUUCAAAGAUGUCGUACUCUAAGAGGUCAAGGUAUUCAAGUUCUCCUUCCCCGAACAAGCGAUACACCCGGUCUGUGUCGAGAUCCUUGUCGAGCUCAAGGAGUCGGUCCCGGAGUAAGAGUAGGAGUGCUGAAAGUGAUGUUGAAAAUCCCGGGAAUAGUUUGUAUGUUACUGGCUUGUCACCUCGGAUCACCAAGAGAGAGUUGGAGAAGCAUUUUGCAAGCGAGGGAAAUGUGAUCGAUGUUCACCUUGUGGUUGAUCCAAGGACAAGGGACUCUCGCGGAUUUGGGUUUGUUACGAUGGCUACCAACAAAGAAGCUGACUGUUGCAUCAAGUACUUGGACGGUUCUGUUCUUGAGGGACGUGUCAUUACAGUUGAGAAGGCUAGGAGGCGGAGGGGGAGAACCCCUACACCGGGAAGGUAUUUGGGGUUGAAAACUAUUCGUGAGCGUCAUCGUUCGCCGAGUUACUCACCCUGUCGAUCUCCUAGCUAUUCUCCUUAUUCAAGCAGCCGAAGCCCGUCAUCUUGUUAUUCAUCUGAUAGGAGUAGGAGUAGGAGUAGGAGCAGGUCUUACUCCCCCCAGUAUAGGUCUUAUUCACGUGCUCAUUCCCAGUAUAGUAGAUCACCUGAUGACCGCUAUUAUAGAAAGAAUUAUCGUUACUGUUCCUACUCUCCUGAAGAUCGAUACUAUCGAAGGCGUGAUCAGUCCUACUCUCCUUAUGAUUGUUAUUAUCAUAGACGGGACCGUUCUUACUCUCCUGAUGAUAGAUACUAUAGAAGGCGUGAUAGGUUUUACUCUCCCGAUGAUCGUUACCACUGCAGACGGGAUCGUUCUUACUCUCCUGAGGAUCGAUACUAUAGAAGGCGGGACCGUUCUUACUCACCUGAUGAUCGGUACUAUAGAAUGUCACGUGAUAGGUCAUAUUCGCUAUAUAACUCUAGAUAUAGAAGACUCCGUUAUCGUUCUGCUUCUCGAAGCCUUACACCUCCUCGAUCAAGGAGAGCUUCAAGGAGAAGCUGCUCAUAUAGUGUCAGCCCUAAGCGAAGUACCAGUUUGAGGAGGAGCUACUCACGCAGCACUUCCUCAGAAGGGAGGAGGUCAAGGAGCUACUCGCGAAGCGUUUCUCCACCACCUAGGAGAAGUUUGAGGAGUCUGAGGCAGGAAGGUUCUAACAAAAGCUACUCUAGAAGAAGUGGAAGUCCAGCUCUGAGAUCUAUAUCUAGGUCGGUUUCUCCUAGAUCGGAUUCUUCAUCUUGAAAAAUGUCAGGAUUUAGAUGCUACUUUUACUAUGAAUGCACUAUAAUACUAGUAGUUUCAGGAGUUGUUGUUUACCUUGUUAAUGGCCAUGUGCCCUAGGCUACUUUCUAUAAAUCUAGUACAUCUUAUGAAA